AUGGCUUUACUCCGAAGAUUAGAAUUGCUUAAUCAGACUGAUACAGAGUUAAACGAUGCCUUGCCUUCUGCUUGGGAUACCAUUCACCGUGAGCUUGAUAUCAUGCCUGACCGUCAAAUCCUCGACUUUCUUGUGCAAUACUUUGUCUGUGAGUUGAAUUGGAUGAAGCAUAUCAUUCAUGUUCCCAGCUUCUUGGAAAAAUAUCACCUGUGGUGGGCAAACGAUAAAAUAGUGGACGUUGCAGACGUCGAGUUCGCAGCUUUAAUUGCUCGCAUAUGUUCCUAUACAACACAAUUCCUGCCCUCGCCGUCUCAUACGGCUGAUCAAAUUUGUGGUCAGUCUCUAGCCGAUAUUCGCGACACCUGUAGUAAUAUUGGGAACAAUCCUGCCACAGCUUGUGAGAUUCUCGAUUGGAAUGGCACUUUAGUCCGUGUUCAGCACAUUAUGUUCGCUGCACUGAAAGUGUCAUGUGAAGGGAGAACCAGCCAAUUUUGGGAGGGUAUAGCCUCUGCAUGUCGGGCUGCUCAAAAAGCUGGCAUUCACAUUAAUAAUAGCAGUCUGGUGGAAUAUCAGGGUCCUAAGGAUAGUGCCCAGGAGUUAGAAAAGGAUGUUCGGCGGAGGACGUUUUGCAGCCUUUAUGCUUUGGACAGGUACGCUUGUUAUCAUUCUGAUACUGAGUUCGUAUUGACACAUCUGGAUAUAAGCCAUCUAUCCCGGCAACUAGAUCGGAUCCCAUUUUUACCGAAUUGUUUGGUUGAGGAAACACUGCCGCGGCUGCGCUUCAUCCCAGACAUCGGCAAUAUACCCCUAGAAACUGCUACCAGCGCACCCGAUAUAUUCACCGAACGUCUCAUGCAAGUUCAGCUUGGCUUGUUUUGGCGAGCCUUUGGGUUGCAGCGUAACUCGGGGUUUGAUCCUACCGAAAGUGAGCGACGAUAUGAGAAGUUCAACGCCGACUAUCUCAGGAAUUUGCACCCGGCUUUCACCAUAACCCACCCAGACAUGACAUUACAUUGGAUCAGGCUCUUCCAAAGCUACCGAUGCAAAGACAACUUCUAUAUAUCGCGAUCUUCGAUUCAAUCUGUUGGAACUUCCGACCGCUCCUGCUACUCAAACCAGACCAAGUCGCAGGCUUAG